UUCGGUUUCGAGCAGAGCUGUGUUUUGGUCGGUCGUAGUCUGGUCACCUCUGUUGUGACCUCGCGGGGCAACCGGGUGAAGUUUGCAGCGUUAGUGGAGUACCGACGGAGCAGGUGUCGCCAUGUUCUCUCUUUUACCAAGAACCGGGGCGGCGGGGGCGGUCGUGGCCUGCCAGCAGGCCCGUGGAAUGGCUACCCUGAAGGACAUCCGACUUCGUCUGAAGUCCGUCAAGAACAUUCAGAAGAUCACUCAGUCCAUGAAAAUGGUGUCCGCAGCCAAGUAUGCCCGGGCUGAGAGGGAAUUAAAACAGGCCCGUCCCUUCGGCGAGGCUGCAAUGAAGUUCUACGAAGCCGUAGAAGUCGCUCCGCCGGAGAAUCCGAAAAAUACCCUCCUGGUUGCCAUCUCAUCUGACCGAGGUCUCUGCGGAGCUGUCCAUUCUUCAGUUGCCAAGAAGAUCCGCGCUUGGAUGGUUGAAAAUCCUACCCUGGCUCCCAACGCCAAAAUCAUCUGCGUCGGAGAUAAGGUCAAGGCUAUCCUGCAGCGUCUGUACGCUCCGAAUAUGCUCGUAUCCUUCAACGACUUCGGGAAGAAACCUCCGCUCUUCGAAGACGCAUCAGCUGUUGCGAACUCCAUUCUCGAGAGUGGGUUCGAGUUUGACACCGGAGUCCUCAUCUACAACAAAUUCAAGACCGUGAUUUCCUACGAAACGACAGAAAUCCCCCUCCACACAUUGGAAACGAUCCUAGGCGCUCAGAAGAUCCACACGUAUGACUCGCUCGAUGCCGAGACUCUGCGCAGUUAUCACGAGUUCAACCUGGCCUCAACCAUCUACUACGCCAUGAAGGAGAACGCUUGCUCCGAACAGUCCGCAAGAAUGUCAGCUAUGGACGGCGCGUCGAAGAACGCUGGCGAAAUGAUUGACAAACUCACGCUGACUUUCAACCGAACUCGGCAAGCUGUCAUCACGAAGGAGCUCAUUGAGAUCAUUUCUGGAGCUGCCGCUUUGUAAACCUGCGGCCACCGUCGUCAUAGUCAAGGAAACCUUGCUCGGCUUCCGGUCCCCGGCAGGUGGAUUCCACCACUGCCGCACCUCGCCGGAUUCGGUCGUCGUCGUCUCUUUUCGAAUGUAUGAUGGAAGAUGUACUGAAUAGAGCGGAGUUAUAAGAAUUA